AUGGCAAGAAAUUCGACCAUAGAGAAAUGCCGGCAGAAAUUCGAUUUUCUCCUGGUGUCGGAGUACAAGGGAUACGAGGACGAUUUUGAAUAUUACGACAGCAGUGGACUACAAACAGCGACACCUAGUGGGGUCGAUUCCGCGUUUUCAUAUCAAAGUCGUCAACUGGGCUGUCAGUAUUGGGACUCCAAUUUCCCGAGUUUGUUCAGCGGCCUUGGAGUGGAUGCGACACUGCCCAAAGUUAAAAGAAAUCUGCCAAAGAGAAAGAACACUGGUUCCUCACCUCAACAAAGGUCAGAGAAGUUGACACAAAACUCACCGAGAACCAUCACAGGGAUGUCGUAUACAGAGGACCUGAAAAAGAGAAACGAGUCUAGAUGGUUGAAGAUAGAAAACGUCGUGAAGGAAAAGAUGGAGCAAUUUGACGAUUAUUAUGCUCAACUUGUCGCAGAAAACGAAAUUAAACGUGUUGAAAAUGAACGAAACUCUCAUCAGCUACAUGCUAAAUUGUGGUUAGAAGAAGACAAGAAAAGAAAAGCUGCCUUAGAAGGCUCCACGUACGACAGAAUAUGGAAACACCACGCCUUAAUGCGACACAGGGGGGAGGAAGAAUGGAAAAGAAAGCAGGCUAAGAAAAAUCAGAUACAACAUGAUUCCGUGGAUGUGUCGUCUGAUGUGGACGCCAUUACGUAACAGAAGUGAAAAGCACCAACAAAAGAAAAGUUUUAUAUGAGUUUUGAAAUACAUUUAUAUUGUAUCAGCAUUCAAACAACUAUUUAUAUAGUUAAUUUAUGUAUAGUGUACUAAUGAUCGGAUUACCGAUGAACCAGAGUUGUCCCAGAAACAUUUUGUGGUCAACACAAUGUGGAUUUUCAUACCGCAUCUAUGAGAAAUCACGGAAAAUAUCUUAGCAACAUCAUCCGAAAUGAUUCUUUUUUAUUGAAUAAUAAUUGCAUAUGCUGUCGUUAGUGACUUGUUUUGAUUAUAAUAGAUAAUGACAUGAAGUGGGCAAUUGCUGGAACCAAACUUACGCGGGCCGGAACGUAAAUUAUUGUCCGGAACGAAAAUUAUAAGUAUUUAGCGUUCAUGCCGGAACGCCUAGCUACCCGGAACGUGAAUUAGGCGACACUUCGUGAAGCCCGUUGGCGCUUUACGAAUAGUAUAUGCAAUUCAUACUCUCAUGUCUUGUCAAAUAUGAAAUUUAUUCUUAUAUUUGGAAGUCAUUCUACUUUCAUUAUCCAGCUGUUAAAAUAGACGUACAAAGUACGAAAUUAAUUCAGAUUCAUGGGUGCAUUGUCCAUACCUCCAUCGCAUUCAUCUGAAAAUGGUCAGUAUUACAGUUUGUAAAGAUAUUAAAGGCAAGAACAUUGAAACUGUAAAUAUUGUUUGAUAAGUCUACAGUAUAUCCAUGUAAAUCAAGUUCAAAAUCUUGAAUGUAUCUUGUCUACACAACUCUUUUAAUCAUAUCUGUAUUUACGUGGGGUAUUGUUUGGAUAGGGUUAGGAGGUACACUAUAGGUCAAACUUUGUGGCACGUCCCCAACAGACGGUGACAUGGUACGUAAAACGACAAAUUAAACAAAAUUGACACGUUUUUCUACUGCACCACACGUGUUUCUAUUCAUGUCAAUAACACUACUCUGAUACAUUAAGGUGUACAGAAAACAAUGUGUCUGUCUGAUUCAUAUGGCGACCGCUUGGUAGAUUCCGGGAACAUAAUGAUGUGUCAUGUUAAUCGUAAUGCUUAGUUGUAUAAAUGAAACCAUAACUAUGUAAAUGUAAUGAUAUUUUAAUGAAAUAUUAAA